AUGGCUAAAGAAGACCCUACCAACGCAUCCAGCGUCAGAAAAGAUCGCAUUGUCACAAACUCUCAGGGCAAUCCGAUCAACGAGCCCUUUGCCUCGCAGCGCGUGGGACAGCACGGACCACUGCUGCUGCAAGACUUCACGUUGUUGGACUCACUGGCGCAUUUCAACCGUGAACGUAUCCCAGAACGGAAUCCACACGCACACGGAUCCGGUGCGUUCGGGUACUUUGAAGUGACCGACGACAUCUCGGAUGUAUGUGGAUCGGCCAUGUUCAACAAGAUCGGCAAGCGGACCCGCUGCAUGACACGGUUUUCCACCGUGGGCGGCGAAAAGGGCUCUGCAGACACUGCCAGAGACCCUCGUGGCUUCUCUACCAAGUUCUACACCGAGGAGGGCAACCUGGACUGGGUUUACAACAACACACCCGUGUUUUUCAUUCGGGACCCAGCCAAGUUUCCUCACUUCAUUCACACCCAAAAGCGCAAUCCUCAGACCAACUUGAAGGACGCUGACAUGUUCUGGGACUUUUUGACCACGCCCGAAAACCAAGUGGCUAUUCACCAGGUGAUGAUCCUUUUCAGCGAUCGCGGCACGCCGGCGUCCUACCGCACCAUGAACGGCUACUCUGGUCACACCUACAAGUGGUCCAACAAGAAGGGCGAGUGGUACUACGUCCAAGUCCAUAUCAAGACUGAUCAAGGCAUCAAAAACCUCAACAACGAGGAAGCCGUCAAGCUCUCUGGUGAAAACCCAGACUACUGCGGCCAAGACCUUUUCAAAAGCAUCAAAGAGGGAAACUGCCCCUCAUGGACUGUUUACAUCCAAACUAUGACCGAAGAGCAGGCCAAACAGCAGAAUUUCUCUGUCUUUGACCUCACCAAGAUCUGGCCCCACAAACAGUUCCCAUUGCGUCGGAUCGGUAAAAUGGUGCUUAAUGAAAACCCUCAAAACUACUUCGCUCAAGUGGAGCAAGUUGCCUUUUCUCCCAGCCACACCGUGCCAUACCAAGAGGCUAGUGCCGACCCGGUCUUGCAGUCGCGUUUGUUUGCGUAUCCCGACGCCCACAGACACAGAUUGGGCGCCAAUUACCACCAGAUCCCGGUCAAUUGUCCAUACGCCUCCAAAGCUUUCAACCCCUCUAUCAGAGAUGGUCCUAUGAAUGUGGAUGGCAAUUUGGGCUCUGAACCCAACUACCUAUCUACUGCCAAGACUUACAACUACAUCCAGGCCUCCAAGCCCAUCCAGCAGCAUCAAGAGGUUUGGACUGGUCCGGCAAUGCCGUUCCACUGGGCCACUUCCCCAGGAGACGGAGAUUUCGUCCAGGCUCGUGGUCUUUACAAAGUCCUUGGCCGUACCCCAGGUCAGCAGGAGGCUCUAGCGCAUAACGUGGCCGUGCACGUUGCCCACGCCUGUCCUGAGAUCCAGGAAAGAGUAUUCUCGAUGUUUUCCCGCGUGGACAAGACGCUAGGCGACAAGAUCAAGCGUGAAGCUCUGUCGGUGGCACCCCGUCGUUCAACAAACCCACAAGCCAAACUUUAG